UUGGUUAGCGGACUUACAAGCCGAAACCUUCAGAAGCGUCUCUUCAUUCGAAGCGUCCGAACGUGUCUCUCUGUAACUCGUCUAAUCAGUCUUGCCUUCGAUCGACUAAUCAGCUUCGUUCAUUCUAAUCGACUAGAACAUCGUCACCAACUAAAGAGUCAAUUUUCAAAACCGUCUAAUAAAAAAAUAAUAUGGCCGAAACAAAGUCCGCCUCCCGCUCCGGAUCCAAGUUGAACUUGAACGAGUCUACCAUGCCGCUCUUGGACGAAGAGGCCCACGAGAAGGCCGAAACGCCCGAAAAGGAUGUCAUUGAAAUGAAGGAGAAGGCCUCGACGACAUCCGAAGGUGAAAAGGACGACUCGAACCCUGAAAAGAUUGAGGAAGAAAAGAAGGACGGCGACGAAGACAAGAAGAAGAAGAAGAAGGAAAAGAAGGAGAAGAAAGAGAAGAAGGAAAAGACUUGCCACCGUCGGACACAGAGCUGCGUUCAAACGUUCACCGUCGGCUUGAACGUUCUCGACCGCGACGAGAAGCACAUCAACGACACCAUCAACUUGAACUUUGAGGACGUGCUGGCCGAGCCGGAUGUGGCUCACGGAUUCGACCCGAUCUGGCGUUCGGCUUACAUUCUCUUCACCGGAUCGCGCUUCUGGAUUUACCGUUUGUUGUCCGCUUUCUUGGCCCUGCCGUUGGCCCUCGUCUGGGGUAUCACCUUCUCGCUCAUCACCUUCUUCUCCGUCUGGUUCGCCACGCCGAUCCUGCGCAUCAUGGACGUCUUCCUCUUCUACAUCAGAAGGGUCUGGGUUGCUUUGGUGCAGACGACGUUGGAACCGGUUGCCAAUGCUGUUGGCGGCUGCUUUUCUAAUGUGAAAUUGACGCAUAACAAUCAAGUGCAGACAGUCUAAAACGUCAACAACACAACAACAUUACUCGCAGGGAUUGAUGGAAAGAGAAAAACGACAUCGAGAUAGUCGAAACGAUACAGUCUCUUGCAUUUUUUUGUGGUUUAUUUUCAUUUUCUUCGACGAAAUUGAAUAGAUGAUAAAAAUGUAUCGUGUGUGACAUCCUUGUUUGGGUCCCAAUUGCCUUAUUCGAAACCAUUAUCUUUUUUAGUUUACGUCUCCCAUACAUUUUUUUUUUCUGCCUCUCUCUUUCUCUUCGGGUUUUGUUUUGUUUGUUCUAUGUGUUAUUAUACCGACAUGUCAGACUCCUCACAACCCGUUUCGUCGUCAUCGUCGUGAAGCUUCACUGAUUUAUGAUUUUUCAACACACACUUUACGGUAUUUUUUUAGACAUUACAUUUUUACUGACAACACGCAUGGAAUAAAUCGCCGACACUCCCCACAUCUUCAACUGCAAAUAUGUUCAAAAAGAAAAUGUUUGGUGUUGUUAUUCUGUGUGUGAGCAAUUCAUUUUCUUUAUUUUUGUCCCGUGGUGGAAACAGUAGAAGUUAAACGAAUUUUGCGAAAAAGAAAAAAAAUCAUUCAUAUAGUUUUAGAAAAAAAUGAAUCACGGAUGAUAGAAAUAAUAAUAAAUAAUUGAAAAAGAAAGCAAUGAGAUUUUUAAAUACACGGUUGUUUGAA